AACCGAUCGCAGCGCUCGAGGCAGCCACACGCCUUCUUCAGUCUUCAGACUGGGAUAGACCGCUCCACUAGCCUGACGACGGAUAGGACACACGAGCUGCAGCAGCCGCGCCGCAGGCUGCGAGAGCAAUGGAAGCUGCAGGGGCGGAGAAGGAUGCCAACCCGAGCAUGAGCAAGCCGGCGGAUGCGACUGCCACCGGCGUCUUCGGCGAGGAGCAGGAGGCGCUCGUGCUGGGCGCGUGGAACGCCAUGAAGGGCGACUCGGCGUCGCUUGCGCUCAAGUUCUUCCUGAGGAUUUUUGAGAUCGCGCCGGGCGCCAAGCAGAUGUUCUCCUUCCUGCGCGACGCCGUCGACGCGCCCCUGGAGAACCACCCCAAGCUCAAGGCGCACGCCGUGAGCGUCUUCGUCAUGGCUUGCGAGUCCGCGACGCAGCUGAGGAACACCGGCGACGUGAAGGUCAGGGAGGCGGCCCUGAAGCGGCUGGGCGCGACGCACGUCAAGGCCGGCGUCGCCGACGCGCACUUUGAGGUGGUGAAGACGGCGCUGCUGGACACCAUCCGUGACGCGGUCCCGGACAUGUGGACGCCGGAGAUGAAGGCGGCGUGGGAGGAGGCCUAUGACCAGCUGGCCGCCGCCAUCAAGGAGGAGAUGAAGAACGCCGCCGCCGCUUGAGCUCAUCGUUAGCAUAACACACACGCGCACCCUGCUGCGUAAAGACCCGCGCUGAUGGGGAGAGCUUUGAACUGCCACCACCACUGUUGCCAAGCUGUUGCUACUACGUACUUCUGUAUUCUGUUUGUCAACCAUGUCGUUGGUGAAUAAACCUUUAAUUAUACUACAACAGAACCCGUUUGCACGGCAA